AUGCGCAGAGAGAAGGAGAAGCGAGGCCGACACGGAGGCGUGGAGCGCCGGCUGCCUAGGGAGCUCAGCGCCUGGCCCCUGGCCUCAAAGGUGAGGGCGCGAGAACACCCGCACUUGAACAUAUUGUUCGACUGCGGAGGGCAGGUUGGCGACGUGGUGUUGGUCUCUGUCGUAGCUGGCAACAUCGUACUGAUUUCUUCGGUACGGCUGAAUCGCGAUGUGGCGCCCAACUCCGUCGAGGUCGACGACGUUGUACUUACUUAUCCCACGGUGGUCGCAACCGUCGUUGUGACAGGGCUCUUGCAAGUGAUUCUCUUCAUUUCCGUAGCGACGAAUGGCAUCGUGGUGCAGGAAGCAAUCGUGGUGGGCAAUGUGGUCCUGCUUUUCUUGAGCUGCAUGUCCACCGUGUGA